GGCCAUACGGGCAAACGGCCAAAAGCGACAUUCUUUUUAAGAGGACAGGUUUCUAAUGCCCGUAAGGUUGAUUAUUCGUUGUUGUUUUAGAAUUAGCUACUCAGAACGAAAUGUCCAUUUUGCACGGGCUAUAGUGAGCCCGUAAUCCGAUUAUUCGAUUGAUUGAUGAAGAUAAGCCACCCAUGAUGUGGCAUGGGCAUGAAUAACCCGUAACCGAUUAUUCGAUUGAUUGAUUGAUAAAGAUUAAGCCACCCAAAACGUGGCAUGGGCAUGAAUAGCCCGUAAGUGGAGGCUCUUUGGAGCCAUUACCAGUACCAAUAGUUGAUACUUGAGAUCUGUAGAUGGAUGAGGUCUUCAUGGUCGCUCGCAGUUCAUGGCCUGCAGGAGGCUUGGUUGCCAGGCUGCAGUUUAGUGCGCAAGGCGACGCUUUAUAUUUGAACAGAACAACUUCGGUAGUUUGGUACCAUCAGGAUCGUCGUCCUUUUCGAGGAAUUGCAUAAGUCCAUCUGGGAAUUUGCGGUGGAAUUCUGGGUCGCGGUAGUCAAUUAUUUGGUUGAUGAAGAUUAAGCCACCCAAGAGGUGGCACGGGCAUGAAUUACCUGCAAGCCAACUAUUCGAUUGAUUGAUGAUAUAAUCGGACCUCACCCACCUCAUCCUCCUCCAAUACGUUGGAAAGAAGUGUUAACUGUAAUUAGGGAAAAGGUGGAUUAAGUAGACUUAACAAACUCAUCUCAUUAAGCUAAUGAGAGUUUGGAGUAAGUAUAUUAUUGACAUAAUAUACUCAUUACACAAUUAUACAAUAGCGUACUUCGUGUAUUAUUAUACAUCGGGGCCUCGCGGCAAAGUGAACAGCGCUCGGGGGUCGUAGUCCUAAGGGCCCGGGUUCGAUUCCCGGCCGAGGGGGGAAACAAAUGGGCAGUUUCUUUCACCCUAAUUCCCCUGUUCACCUAGCAGUAAAUAGGUACCUGAGAGUUAGACAGCUGCUACUGGCUGCUUCCUGGGGAUGUAUGUGUGUGUUAGAGCCAAAUAUAUGUAAAAGAUAUAAUAGAGGGAAAAUAGAUUUGUUAGAAAGGUGGGGUCCAAGAGCUAAUAGCUCUAUUCUACAGACACAAAUAGUAAAUACAGUAUAUGGAUUAACUGCAGAUUUAUGUUGAAUACUAGUGGGUAUUGUCGCUAAUGAAAGGACAUUGGAUCCAGUUCCUGAUGUGUGUAUAGUCUCUAACCCUUAGUUUCCACUUCACACUGGAUGUAUGUGUGUGGGAUGAAUGAUAAAACAAUAGUUUGGUAUAUAUGCAUAUUAACAUCAUCUUUAAAUUAAGAUGAUGAUAAUGCGAAAAGUACAAGAAUUAAGGUGACCUGUGUACUUCUGAAAAUAAUUUUAUAUAAAUUGAACUACCACUUUGUUUUUAAAGAUGUUUCGAUAAUUUUACUUGAAAUUAAAGUAGAGAUUUCAACAGUGCAGUACGACAGUAUCAGGUGGGGUCCUGGCAGCACGGGAGGUACUGGGCCACCUGCCCGCUGCCCACCACUCAGUCACUCCUGGAGUACGUUUAAGCACGGGUGUACUUGCUCUAGCAUUGUGAAUAACACUACCUAUACGCAGGUGGAUGGCACUUAGGUUGUGAUGCAUGGUGAGAAUGGUGAAAUCAAUAUGGGUGGUGGUAGGGAGUUAAGUGAUGACCUGGUUAGAUCAGCAGGUAGGGAGAUGAAGGGUUCUCCUAGCCCUUCCCUGAGUGCUGCAGCCUCUCAAGUGUCCCUGGUACCCAGUGAGCUCACCACCAGUGAUCCUGAUCUGGCUGCCUCUUCAGCCUACUCAUCAGGCUCCUCUAGGCUUCCCUCAUCACAAGAGAGUGUGACCACCAUCACUGACCUGGCUCCUGAAGACUACACUGAGAUUGUGGAAUUUACAACUAGUCCUCAAGCCUUGAAGACUGGUAGAGGGAAGAACAAUGGUGUUUGCUUUGUAGAGUCACAUGAUGGGAUGAGACUUUUUCCAUCUUCCACCCAAAGCUUCCUCACUCCUAGCUGUAAUCCAGAGGAGUUAGAAUCAUCUGAGAAUUCGCCCAAGCAAGAUGGCUUUGAAGUUAGUAGUGAUUUGGAGGAAGAAUAUUUUGAGGAAUUUCAUCUUCCUAACUCUCAUGAAAAUGCAUUUGUGAGACAUAAAAGUUUUCGCCGUAAAGUAAACCUAACACCCAUCCAUGCUCCUGAUGCUGAAAAGAUUGAAGGGUUAUUGCUAGCUGGAGAGUUUCAGCGGCAUGGCAGCAUGCGAAGGAAAAUUGUUUCAGAAGAAAUCACGAUGGUUCCUGAGGAGUCGGGCAUCACUGAUAGCUUUAUGUUGCCUAAGAAUAACAGACGAGAGAGAGAUACAGACAAGUCUGUAUCUGAUGUUGGAACUUUUGCAAGAGAUCUGAUGGAAAUAGAGAAUAUGUUAAAUGAUAGUGAAGAGGUAGAAGACAUUUCUGGCAUUGUGGUUGGUGAAAAUCUUAUAAAUGAAAGGUUAUUGCAUGAUGGGCCACAGCAGUUGCAUGCCAAUACAUCCACUCCAAAAUCUAGCAAUACAAAAAAUAUAUCGGAUUGUACCUCGGCAGAUCUGAGUUUGAACAUGACAGAAGAAACUCAAAGUGAUGAAAGUCUGAGCAUUGAACAAAGUACACUUAUGAAAGUUAGAGAAUGUUUGGAUUUUACAAAAUAUAAAGCUAUAUACAACCUUAGUGGAAGACUGCAGGACAUUCUUACACCCAUGGAAAUAGAAGAAGUUUUGAAUAAUUCUGAGCGUUACAGUGAAUAUGUUAAUAAGGAAGUGAUCCAGGCUCUUCAAGACUCUCUUCAGGAUCAACAAAAUACUAACAAUAGCGGCAAUACUGAUAGUGGAAUUUCUUCUCCAAAGAAAAUUAUAUCGGUAGAAGGGCUCGACUUGGACACGGUUGUCAAGAUGGACAUUCGAGCUGUAUUUGAUGACAGCUACUCAAAAAUAUGUGGAUCUGACACUAAUAUUUCUAAAAGGUCUUCUACUGCAUUUAUUGAUGAGUUUGAAGAUAUGGGCAUUAGGUUUGAGAGACGUAAAUCACUCAGACUAGGCAAAACAGGGUACAAAGAACUGGAAGUAGAAGGGGUCUUUAUCGAGAGCAAAUCUCAAGACAUUGGUCUUAAAAAAAUUAAAGCCCCUACACUUGACCUGAGUGGGAGCACUAGUGAAGAGUACACUGAUGUUCCAGAUCUUUCAAAUGCUGAAAUUACUGAUACAACAGUGAAUAAAUUACAAGAUUCCAAGAAUGAUGGACCUUAUGACAAUUUCAGAAAAGUAUGUUCCAUAACUGUUCCUGUACCAGAUAUUGUCAUUACAAGCACAUGUGAAGGUAACAACAAUGACUCUAGUGUGUCUCUGCUGCAGAUUGAAAGCAGUGAUGUUUCUGAUGUAGCCUCUGCUGCUUUUGAACCUAUUAGUAGCAAUAAGGGAAACUCUUCUGAAGAACGAUCAGCAGACCUGGAGUUUGGUAGCGAGAGUCAGCGAAAGAUUAUUUCGGUUGCAGAGGAUAUCUUGCAGUCGCCUCUUGAGGAUGAUAAUAUUUCCGUUGAAUCUGCAUUUAGCCAAAGGAGGGACGGAGAAGAGGAAAAUUAUGACAUUGAGAAUGAAGACAUAGAAAUUUCACCCUUUGAAAGCUCAGAACCUGCAAACAUGAAGUACUAUAUGGACCUUGAACCUAUACCACCACCACCACCCCAGAUGAUACCAGAGUUAUCUGCUGCUGAAGAAACUGCCGAUGAAAGGCACUGGAGGAGUGUAGUAAUUGGUGGUGUAUGGCGAAGAAUUGACAUGAAAGUUAUAUCUCCAUAUCGUAAGUGCAUAAGCCAUGGAGGCUACUUGGGAAAAAAUCUGAAUGCUGUGAUCGUCAUAUGUGCCUGCCAGUUGCCAGACCGGUCACGGCGUGACUACAACUAUGUCAUGGACAAUCUCUUUUUGUAUGUUUUAUCUACUCUUGAGCAACUGAUAGCUGAUGAUUAUAUCUUGGUGUAUCUUGCUGGAGGGACUCCAAGAACUAGUGUGCCCAGUUUCCAUUGGCUAAAACGAGCAUAUCAGAUGAUUGACAGAAAACUUCGCAAAAAUUUAAAGGCCCUUCAUGUGGUGCAUCCAACGUUUUGGGUUAGAGCUGUGGUGACAUUCUCAAGACCUUUCAUUAGCACCAAGUUUUACCGGAAGUUAACAUUUGUUAAUAACUUGACAGAGCUUGCACAGAUGGUUCCAUUAGAUCAGUUAAACAUUCCUGAUGCAGUUAAACAAGCCGAUUUCGAGUUGAUGAUUCGAGAGAAAAAGAAAAACCUUGGAAAAAGAAGAGCCCUCUCCAUGACAGUUAGAUGAGAAUUUCUUGCUCUCCUAAAGCCUAAAGUUUUUAAACACCCUUGUGUAUUUGAAGAGUUGAGUGUUCAAUUUUAAGCCUUUAUGUUGGGCAAAUCACUGAAUUGACUUAGAUUGUGUAUGAAAGUUUGAUAUACUGUAUAGUACUAUUUUGGUGUACAGGCUUGGUGGUUAUUCAGAAGAUUUUGAUGUGACCCUUCCUUAUCACUUCAGUUAUGUAAUAUUGAUUUCAAUCUGAAUGUUGUCAUAUUUAAGGGAAAGGGGAUUAUGGCUGCAUAACUUAAUAAUUUUAUGUUCAUAACACAGGUUCUAAGUUAUGCUUCUAGAUGUAUAUUGUAUAUAAAAUUUAAAAUAUUGUAUAUAAAGAUUAAGCUAAGUUGUAUUGAGAGAAUCUUGAUGUACAACUACAUGUUGUAGCAAGUGCUCUUAGGUGUUUCUUGUAUAUAGUAUCCUAUAAAGUUUUAAUAAGGUUUGUUUUUGUUAAUGUGAUUUACAGUAUAUUAAAAUUGUUGUCAAGAAUGA